AGCUGGCUGUCAGAGAGAGAGAAAGAGAGAGAGAGAGAGAGAGAGACAUGAGUCGGCUCGGAGAGGAGCUGAGACAAAAGCGGAGCGGCUGAAAAAACACGGCGUUUUAACCGGAGAAAGAGAGAGAAAGACAGAAAGAGAGAGAAAGAGAGAAGGAGGGAGAGGGGUUUUGUGUUGUUGGGAAUAUUGUGUGGUGGAAGAGACCCGCGGCCAGGCCAUGGACGAGCAUGCAGGGCCCGGUGUGUUCUUCAACAGCAGUAACAGUAACAGCAGUAACUCGGCGCUGCAGAGCGGCGGAGCAGGAAAGAGCGCUGUGGCCGAGAGCAGCGGCGCGGAGGCGGCCAGGGCGCAGUACAGCAUCCCGGGCAUCCUGCACUUCCUCCAGCACGAGUGGGCCCGCUUCGAGCUGGAGAGAGCGCAGUGGGAGCUGGAGAGAGCCGAGCUGCAGGCCCAGGUUGCCUUCCUGCAUGGCGAGAGAAAAGGCCAGGAGAACCUGAAGAAGGACCUGGUGAGGAGGAUUAAGAUGCUGGAGUAUGCGCUGAAGCAGGAGAGGGCAAAGUACCACAAGUUAAAAUAUGGAACGGAGUUGAAUCAAGGUGACAUGAAGCCGCCAAGCUACGACUCCGAUGAAGGGAACGAGAAGGACACUCCUGGUUCCCUGAACAAUCAGCUGUCGUGGAAACAGGGUCGUCAGCUCCUCAGACAGUACCUGCAGGAGGUGGGCUACACGGACACUAUCCUGGACGUGAAGUCUCAGAGGGUGAAGGCUCUGCUGGGGCUGAUGGGAGAUUCCAGCCGGACCAGUCAGGAGCCUCUGAUCAACGGCACGGACUCGGCACCUAAAGGAGCAAACACAGGGAAAGCAGAGCUGUCGGAGUCGAAUGCCGUGCUCGAGGCGUUUAAGUUCAUUGAAAGUGCCACUGCUGAGUUCAGUGAUGAGGAGGAUGAAGAAGACAUCGACGGGAGAGAGAGGACCAUCGUUGAUUCACGAACGAUUGUGAGGAAGAAGCCGUCUUCCUCCUCUUUCUCUCCGGCUGCUGAUGUGUGUGAUGACCUCGACACUGAGGACGCACUGAAGGACUUUGACUUCCUGUCCACUACUGAGGACAUGGACACGUCACCCGAGUCCAGGAGUGCAGGAGACGGUACAGAUUGGGAGAAGGAGAAGCAGUCUGAGGCCUGGGACGUGGAUCAGGGUCUGAUUACCAAACUCAAGGAGCAAUACAGAAAGGAGCGCAAAGGCAAAAAGGGGGUGAAGAGGCCGAACCGCACUAAGCUGCAGGACAUGUUGGCUAAUCUGAGGGAGAACGAGGAUGCUAGUCCACUGCAGUCGUCUGUCAGUCCUCCGUCUCGACCCAACACCAACCGCUUCAUUGAACACGACAGCAGCCACGCCGAUGAAGUGGAGGCCAUCACGUUCCCUCCAUCCUCGGGUAAGUCCUUCAUCAUGGGAGGAGAAGACGCAGUGGACGCAGGUGAACUGGGUCUGGGAGAGCUGGCAGGACUCACCGUCGCCAACGAAGCCGACAACCUCGCUUACGACCUCGCUAAUAAUAAAGACGCCCUGCGUAAGACGUGGAACCCCAAGUUCUCCCUGCGCAGUCACUUCGACGCCAUCCGCAGCCUGGCGUUCCACCCCACCGAGCCGGUUCUCAUCACAGCCUCCGAAGAUCACACGCUCAAGAUGUGGAACCUGCAGAAAACAACGCCUGCUAAAAAGAACGCCUCACUGGAUGUGGAACCCAUUUAUACCUUCAGGGCUCAUAGGGGCGCAGUGCUGUGUGUGGUGAUGAAUAACACAGGAGAGCAGUGCUACAGUGGCGGAGUGGAUGGCACUAUUCAGUGCUGGAGCACACCCAGCCCCAACAUCGACCCCUACGACUCCUAUCAGCCGUCUGUCCUGCGUGGGGCGCUGUCUGGACACACAGAUGCGGUCUGGGGGCUGGUCCACAGCAGCGCACACCAGCGCCUCCUGUCCUGCUCAGCUGACGGCACGGUGCGGUUAUGGAACGCCUCCAACACCGAGCCGGCCAUCGCAGUGUUCAACGAGAACAAGGAGUUGGGUGUGCCCUCCUCAGUGGAUCUGGUGUGCAGUGAACCUGCCUACAUGGUCACGUCCUUCACUAACGGCAAGAUCGGCCUCUUCAACAUGGAGACACAACAACUAGUGCAGAGCCUCGAGUCUACUACUGAGUCUGGUGCGUCCUGUCAGAUUAACAAAGUGCUGAGUCACCCGACUCUCCCCAUCACCAUCACGGCUCAGGAGGACCGCCACAUCAAGUUCUACGACAACAACACGGGGAAACCCAUCCACUCCAUGGUGGCCCAUUUGGAUGCGGUUACGAGCCUUGCUGUGGAUCCGAAUGGCCUGUAUUUGAUGUCUGGAAGCCACGACUGCUCCAUCCGACUGUGGAACCUAGAGAGCAAAACGUGCAUCCAGGAGUUCACGGCCCACCGCAAGAAGUUCGACGAGUCCAUCCACGACGUGGCGUUCCACCCAUCCAAGUGCUACAUCGCCAGCGCUGGAGCCGACUCCCUCGCCAAGGUCUUCGUAUGAGCCGGGAAGUACCCGCCUUCUUUAGUCCCGCCCGCUGGCACAGACUGACCAAUGACAGACGCCAGGAACUGGGCUGGGGACCAAUGAGCGGGAACCUGUCUUCUCCCAGCCGCCUCCUCUCCUCUCCUGUUUGUUUAAAUGGACGCCCAGAUCGCGGCCCCGAGCGCUUCUACGGCGAUCGGAGACGGGAGAAGCGCGCUUGAGGGUGAGUCGGUUUCCCCGAGUACCUCCUACAGAAUCCAGGCAGGCCUGGGUGCUCUACACGGACGCUUCCACGAGCAGGAACCAUAGCCAACAUUCGGUCUACGCAGGAGCGGACGGAGAGGAAAUAAACGGCGUACAAACGGCGUAACCGUGUAGCAUUAGCGACACUCCUGUCUGUUUUCUCCUUGAAAUGAAGAACCUCGUCGCGCGGUUCCUCGUCCUCGAGGAUCUUGCGAAAUUAAUGUGUGUGUCGUGGAGGACAUUUCCUCUUCCUCCUCUCUCAGCUUCCACGACUGAUACACAACGAUCUGCCUACCUUUCAUUCAUUUUAAAAAAAACAUUGACAAAAUGUGCCUUUGCUUCAGAAAGGUCUUGAAAUUAUUUUACAGAUAUUUUUUUUUCUUUCUUUUUGAUGAGGGCUUGGGAAAGGGAUGAUAGGUGAAGAAAUUCAGGCUGGGUAAGGACAACUUCGUCCAUUUUAACCGUAUAGAACGUUGGAUGUAUAAUUACAAAUACAUAUUAAUAAACAAAUAUAUAUAUUUAGUCUUAAACCUUAACAUUCAGUGGGAAUUUUGAGUGCUUUUUUUGAUACUUUGUUGAAGUAUGUAUGCGUGUGUGUAUGUGUGUGUGUGUGUGUGUGUGUGUGUGUGUGUGUGUGUGGUAUGCAGUGAAUUUGCAGUGCUGGUUUUAGAAACCCUAAUAAGUGAACCUCUCUUGUUGUCCAUAAUUGUUGGAUGCAGGUUAAGUUGGAAGUAUAGAUUAUCUCCUGUCUACAAAUAAAACAAAGGGUUGUUGACUAGACAUGUUUUCUUUCCUAGUGUUUUAUACAAAACGAUUUUAUUGACCAGCCGUCAGACAGAAACAGAUGCUGUGGGUCAUGAGGUAAGAACUUUUCCACGGCUCGGUCAUGUGACCAUUUGCAAUUGCCAGACGAGGUUUCUGAAUUUUUCUUGGUAAUGCUCUGCAUGAAUGGCUCCUGAAAUGUGAUCAGAAAUGGAUUAAAAAAAUUCAUCUUAUUAAUAAA